AUGUAUCCUUAUUAUAGGAUAUGGACUUUCCAUGGUGAAACUAGAGAACUGCAUUCUAAGAGAAUACGUGUAAACGUGGACCAAAACAUAGGUCAGGAACAAGGAAUUAGUGAAAUGUUAAAUGAUUUGACAAAUAAGAGAUACACUAAGUCUAAUGAAGAAGGGCAGUCAGUUAGGGGUGAAUCAAGUGAUCACAAUAGACAAGCUCAAAAUACCAAGUUUCAAUCCAUGCUUAAUGAACUUGACCAAGAAUUAUACCCUGGAUGUAUGAAAUUUUCGGUAAUAACAUUCAUGGUUAAGUUAUUGCAUAUUAAAGUACUUAAAGUACUUAAUCUAUGGAGUAAUAAGUCAUUUGAUAUGUUGUUGCAAUUACUUAAAGAAGCACUUCCUAAUGAUUGCAAAAUUCCAGAGUCGUAUUAUGGUGCAAAGAAGAUGUUAUGCGAUUUGGGCUUAGGAUAUGAAAAAAUACAUGCUUGCAAGAAUGAUUGUAUCAUAUUUUGGAAAGAUAAUGAGCAAGCUGAUGUCUGUCCACAAUGUAACGAACCUCGUUACAAAACAGACAAGGGGAAUGGAAUACAGAUUCCACACAAAGUUCUAAGGCAUUUCCCAUUGAUACCUCGAUUGCAAAGAUUAUAUUUGUCUAAGCAUACGUCAAAUGAAAUGAGAUGGCAUAAGGAAAGAAGACUAGACGUAGAAGGGGUUUUACGACAUCAAGCUGAUGGUGAGGCGUGGAAGGAGUUUGAUAAACAAUAUUCUUGGUUUGCCAGGGAUUCAAGGAAUGUAAGAUUGACCUUGGUCACUGAUGGAUUUAAUCCAUUUGGAAACAUGAAUGUAUCAUAUAGUACGUGGCCAGUAAUAUUAAUUCCAUAUAACUUGCCCCCGUGGAAAUGCAUGAAGGAAUCGUUUUGGUUCAUGUCAUUACUCAUACCAGGUCCAAAAGCUCCAGGAAAGGAUAUAGACGUUUAUUUGCAACCAUUGAUAAACGAAUUGAAAGAAUUGUGGUCUACCGGUGUUGAUACGUAUGAUGUAUGUAGUAGUCAGAACUUUCGACUUCAUGCAGCUUUGAUGUGGACAAUCAAUGACUUUCCAGCUUAUGGAGAUCUUUCAGGAUGGAGUAUGAAAGGCUAA